GGGGCACCGUGUUUUAUCGGUUCAGUUCUCCGUGGACGUUUGGUUAUUCUACUUCUCUCGGACAGGAUGGAGCAAACAGAGGAGGAUCUUGACUUAAUGGCCAACCGGCUCCGGAAGGAAGGACUUUCUCCUGAUGCGUCUACACAUGAUCAGCUGUGUUUCCUUUGGCGUGCCCUCCAGCACAGGGAAAACCACCUGGACUCUGUGGUGCGUGAUCUAGAUGCCCAGGGUAUACGACACAAGGAGGAGAUGACUAAAGUGCUCAAGUCCUUGAAGCAAAUUCGUGACUUUACAGAGCAGAAAGAAGUUUUGGCCGAGGAGGUGCAAAAGGAGAAUGAGCGGCUGCGAGAGCAAGUGCAGCAACUAAUAUCUCUGCAAGAGGAGAACAAUGCUUCGGUUCAGGAGGUUCACAAGGUGAACGGCCACCUGAGGGAGCAGCUGAAGGAACUGAUGUCCCUGCAAGACGAUGAUGAUGUUUUGGCUCAUGAGGUGGAGAUGCAAGAGGAAAAUGACCUGCUCAGGAAUCAACUGCACUGUCUAUUGUCCAUUCAUGAUGCCCAGAAAAAAGAGAUGUCUGAGUUGCUGAGGCAGCAGGGUCUGACUGAGGUGAGUGAAAGCAGCCCCAGUGAGCAGAUGGCCUACGUGUUGGCAGAGAGGGCUGUCUUGAUGGAGAAGAAGGACGGUCUUGAAGGUCCUGUGGGUGACGGACAGGCCCUGUCAGCCAGCCAGCUGGAUGCAGAGACCCACAGUCUGAAGGACACUGUAGGCCAGUCUCCCCACAGGGGGGCAACACGGCACGGCCAGAGUCCAUGGAAGAGGCUGUUCGGACACCGAAAAGCAGCUCAGAGCAAACACACUUUUAUACCUACAGAGACAAAACAGCUGUCUAGCCAUCCAGCCAGCAUGGAAAAGGAGUGUGCCCGUUUGGAGCGGGACCUAGAGGAGGCGUCCCACCGGCUCUCUAUGGCCCACAAUGAGAUCCGUCAUUUGACCGAUGAAGUCGAGUCUGCCCGCCUGAGCCAGAGGGCCUAUGAGCCUGAGCUACAAGAAGCUCAGCAGGAAGUAGAGCAGCUCAGACAGGAAGUAGAAAACCUCAAAAAACGUGAAAUGGUGGAACUACGGAGGGCCAAAGAGCAGAACGAUCGACUGGAUGAGGAGAUCAGAGCCAUAAGGAACAGGGUGCGCUCCCUUGACGCGGAGAGAAGCUCUCUCAAAGAAACGGUUGUAUCACUGCAAAAAGAGAAGGUCUGGCUGGAAUCUGUCCUCCAGGAGCAACAGGAGCAGGUUAAGAAGAAACUCCUAACUUUGCAGGCCCAGGCUGAGGAGGACAAAAAGCUGGCUCAAGCUCAGGCUGCUGAGUUGGCUCAGAAUAACCAGACCUGCAGAUCUCUAAAUGAGAAGUUCGUUGUUCAGACUGAAUGUCUUGAAGAGAUGGAGACAGCAGUUAUGUCACUGCAAAAGGAGAAGGUCUGGUUGGAAUCUCUCCUCCAGGAGCAGGCAAAGCAGCAGCUCCUCACUGUGCAGGCCCAAGCUGACCAGGACAAGGCACUGGAUGAGAUAAAGAGCCUUAAACAGCAGCUGGAAAAAUCACAAAAGGACCUGGAUAACCUGUUAGCCACCAUCGCUGUCCAGGAUCAAAAGGUAAAGAAGGAAAGAGAAGCAGGGUUUCAUCUGGAGGAGAACAGUCUGGAGGAGCUGCAGGCCUCCAACAUGACACAAACCAAAGUCUUGCAGACAGCUCCAGUAACCCAACAACUCAAAGGGGACUCUGAUGAUCAAGACAUGGCAAAGCGCCUGCUGGCCAGUCAAGAUGAGUGUGAGAAACUAAAAGAGGAGAUCUGUGAUGCCUUAAAAUGCUUAGACCAACAGAGGAGAAAGUAUCUUAAGUUGAAUGAGAAAUACAAGGCCAGGCUACAUCGGGCCAAACAGAAGUUUGAUGAUGAGAUCAAGUGGCGUGACGAGAAGAUUGAUCUCCUGGCCAGAGAGUGGUCUUUGAGCACCCAUUCAUCAGAACAGAUGAAAGAUCAAGUCACAAAUAUGGCUGCUGCAAAUGACAGUUUGCUGUGUGAGAAGAGGGAGUUAUUAGAACAGCUCAGUAAGGACGAGCAGCAAAAGAAAGACAGCAUUUCAGCAGCUUGUUUGUCCAAACACAGAGUGGAUUACCUGGAGACGGAGAACAACGCACUGAUGGACAAAACACUCCAGCUGACCAAUCAGCUGGCUGCACUGGAGCGCCGUCUGCAAAAGACCCAGCAACUUUUCUCUGCUGAGGACGUGAAGAAAAUGGUGUUUCCUCAAAAUGACUUCCUCACGUCCAACCCUGUGCGAACUUUAGUUGAGAUGACUCCUUGGUCCUCAAACAAGAGGGCCUUAUUGGAAAACCUUGACAGCAGCCAUAGCAACCAAUCAGAGGCCUCUCCCUCCAUUGUCUGUGCUCUGAGCAUUGCCUGCUCUGGACCUGCAGAGGUGGGCUACCUCAACCUGACCUCCACACAGAGCUGCUCAGACAGCUAGGCUUCCUCAGCUUCUUUCAGCUACAGAGACAGUACAAAAGUGUUAAAUAGGCGUAUUUAAAUUGCAUAUUUAUUCAUUAAUAAAAGUGUUA